CUCUUGGUCCUUUGGUCUUUUUAUUCAUCACCAUCUCUCUCUUAGUCUCUUCUUCUCAUUUCUCUCGCUCUCUCUUAUACAUACAUACACACAAACAAAGCUAAUGGACUGAAAUAUAUAAUAAUAAAAAGGAACAAAUAAUGUCAAAUAUAAUGAAGAAGAGGUGUAAUGAAAAUGAAGAGAGCACAGAGCAGAGAAAAGGGCCUUGGACGCUUGAGGAAGACACUCUUCUCACUAAUUACAUUGCCCAUAACGGUGAAGGCCGAUGGAAUCUGCUAGCCAAAUCUUCUGGGCUAAAGAGAAAAGGAAAAAGUUGCAGAUUACGAUGGUUGAAUUACCUUAAACCCGACAUCAAGCGAGGGAAUCUCACUCCUCAAGAGCAACUCUUAAUCCUCGAACUUCACUGUAAAUGGGGUAAUAGGUGGUCAAAAAUUGCGCAGUAUUUACCGGGAAGAACGGACAACGAGAUCAAAAACUAUUGGAGGACUAGAGUGCAGAAACAAGCACGCCAGCUCAAUAUUGAUUCCAGCAGCCACCAGUUCUUGGAAGUUGUCCGUAGUUUCUGGGUUCCAAGAUUGAUCCACAAGAUAAAAGAUAACACAAACACCAACACUAGAGCUCCUCCUACGGAUUCACUUGGACCGGUCUUACAAGACAAUAAUUUCUCACAUAAUUUGGGUUUAAACAACAUAGAUUGUUCCACUUCCAUGUCUCAAGAUCUGGCGAAAAUUUCACAGUUAAUGGAUUUGUCUGAUCUUGAAACUACCAGUUCAGUGUGCUUGGAGGGAUCAAGAGGGAGUAGUAAUCAAUAUGUGAAUGAAGAUUCUAGAUAUUUCCAUUGCCUAGAGGAGGAGUACAUAUUUCCCACUAUGGGCAAUUCAGACAUUUUACCAUUGCAGGAUUGUCACGUAGCAGAUUCGACUUACGAGGAGGAUGUGACACAAGAUCCAAUGUGGAACAUGGAUGAUAUUUGGCACUUUGAGGAGUACGCACCCUUUAAUUAGGUUGUGGAACCCAUUAAAAUGGAUGUUGUUACAACCUCCAAGGAGUUUCUAAGUAUAGUAUCAUCUUAUUUUUUGCUUGUUAUAGUUUAUAGUUAAAUAUUGAUUAAUUGAUAUAAAGUUCAAA